AUGGACCUCAGCACCGCCUAUCGAUACAAUCAGAAUAUGAUGGAAUAUUACACCUGCCACGGCGGAGUUAACCAGCUCGGCGGCGUCUUCGUGAACGGAAGGCCCCUACCGGAUGUAGUGAGGCAGAGGAUCGUCGAGCUAGCGCACAGCGGCGUCCGACCGUGCGACAUUUCCAGACAACUCAGGGUAUCUCACGGCUGUGUUUCCAAGAUACUGUCGAGGUAUUAUGAAACCGGCAGCUUCAAGGCCGGAGUCAUAGGUGGUUCGAAGCCAAAGGUGGCGACGCCGCCGGUCGUCGAGGCGAUCGCCAACUACAAGAGGGACAAUCCGACGAUGUUCGCCUGGGAGAUCAGGGACCGAUUGCUAGCCGAGGGCAUUUGCUCGCAGGACAACGUGCCAUCCGUCUCCUCGAUCAACCGAAUCGUGAGGAACAAAGCGGCGGAGAAGGCGAAGCACGCGCAUCAGCAGCAGCAGGCGCAGCAGCAGCAAGGUCAGCAACAAGGUCAACCUGGAUCAGGUGGUUCCGUGUCGGUGAUAGCCCAUGCACCUGCAACGGCGGCGGGUCACCCAGCGGCGACCGCUCCCAACGCUUACAGCAUCAGCGGCAUCUUGGGAAUCCCGGCGCACCAUCAGGACCCGAACGGCAACAGCAUCAAGAGAAAACGCACCGACGACGACGACAACCGAGACCUGAACGAUCAUCCGGAAGACGACCUGAAGAGACAGAGAAGCAACUACAACGGUGAUCAACUGUACUCAAACCUGUGGUCGAGUAAAUGGAGCAUCAAGGACGAGCACAAGCUCCUGAGCGAGCUCGGCGGUGGCGGCGGCGGUGGCGGAGGCGGCGGUGCUAGCGGCGGCACGAACGGCGCUGGGGCAGGAGGAGGCGGCGGCGGUGGAGGAGGUGGUGGAGGAGGUGGCGGCGGAGGAGGCGGAGGUGGCGGUGGCGGAGGUUACUACGAACACGGAGGAUUCCCCGGGAACGCGAUUGCCACCUCCGCCGAGCUCUACGACUCCCUGGGCACCAUCAGCACGAUGACGCAAGCGCAAACGCCCCAUCUCUACACCCCGCCCAUAGGGGGCACCAUAGCAGGUGGUACUUUGACGCCGCUCGCGCCACUGACGAUGCAAGAACUAAAAUUGAGCCAAACAUUGGACGGGGCUAACAUGUCUCCUUACCACACCACCGCAGAGAGCAGUACCGUCGCAGUGUCGUAUGUGGGGGUGGGGGCCGGCGGGGGCGAGCAGAGUCCCCCGAUUUCGUUGCAGAACGAGACAAACGCCACCCCCGCGGCCCCCAACACCCCUGGAGGGGAUCCCGGACUGACGGUCUUGCAGCCGCCAGUUUCUCAGCCCCAGGUAGCAUCUGCGAUACCACCGUACUCCACGAUGCUUCCAAGUUUCGGACACUACGCCACCGGUGGUGGUGACUACGCGUACAGCGCGGCGUAUUCUCAAUACUCGAGCGCACCGUACAGCGGCUACGGUUAUGGAGCAGCGACAAGCGGGUUGCUCAACUCCACGUACUACUACUGCAACGGGGACACGCUGGCGUCUUCCCACAACAAUUCGCAGCAGGGCGGCGGAUGUAACAACGCAGGUCCAGAGAACAGCACAGACGUGGCCAGCCGCUCGCCCUUGGCAGCUACCAGGGCGAGUAGCGGCGCGAGCGCGGCAUCACCAACCGGAAGUGCAUGCACAAAACCGGAUCACACUUCCACGCCGACGGACCUUUAUCUGGCCUGAU